AUGAAUCAUAGAUACAUUUUCCUUAUUCAAAUUAUUUAACAAAUCUGGUGGAUAAUUGAAAUGGUAUUGAUAUAAAAGUAGACAAAUUAUACAUAUUAUUUGUUGUGUUCGUUAUGCAUAACAACAAGACUAUUUGCAUCUAUUAUAUAUCUAAAAAAGAAUUGGUAACAUGAUAGAUUUACUCUCAUAGCUACAUUGGCUAAUAAUAUAUGCUAUACUGAGGUCAAUAUUAACUUUGCAAGUAAAAUAUUAUAUUUAAAUCAUAUCAAUGCUUUAAUAAUCCUUUUAAAUUAUAUGGAAGCAUAAAUACUAAUAAAAAAUUAAUCUUUAGAUAUACUAUCAAAAUUUGCAUUUCCAACCUAUAUCUUAAUGAGAUUGAUCUCACUUAUAUUCAUAGAAUUUGAUAUUUAACGAUGUGAGGCAUCCUCUUUAAUGGUUUUAAUUUUAUUAGUUUAUUUUUCUAAUUAGAAUGUUUCAGGAAGCUCAACUCAAUCUAAUCCAAAAAUGGAUCAAUCCUUAUAAAAUUGUUCUAGUUCCUUAUAAUAAUCUUAAUUUAAAUAAGAAAAGAAUCUCAGUAUAAAUUCGAAUAAACUUAUUCUUAAUCCAGAUAAAAAUUCUUAUCCUAGACAUAGUGUUUAAAUAAACAUAAAAGAUUCUUACAGAGAAGAAAGUGCUCCAAUACCUACUUUUCAUUCUAAACUUAAACCAGGAUAUAAAAGCUAAUAUUCUCAUUUAAUAGUAGAUAGGAAUGACUUUUAAUUAUAAAAUUUCUAUUAAAAUCUUGUUAAUGUUUUACCAGAAGGAGUUUUGAUGUUAAAUAAAUACUAGUAAGUUUAAUUCAUUAGUUCAAAAUGUGAAAAACUUUUAGAAUGUGAAGGAAAAGAUAGAGUGGUCGAAUAUAUCAAAAAAUGUUUGUCUAAUUGUGAUUUACCUGAUGAAGUUUAAUCUAUAACUAGAAAUAAAAAUAAAUUGACUUAAAAAGUUUUAGAAGAAAUUAUCAGAAUUUACAAAUAAAGUUAUCAAGAAUUAGACAUUUUUGAUGUUUUAUUAAAUCCCAAUAAAUAUAUAAAAGCAUUAUUUUCAGGAUAAAAUGGAUCAUUUGAACAAGAUAGAAGUAGUUCUGGGUCUAUUUAUUAUUCUGAUCCUUCUACAUUAUAAGAACAUACUUAUUUCUUUGAAGGUUCAAUUAAUAAAGAAAGAUGUGAAGAUUCCAAAAAACUCAAAUUUAUUUUAGUGUAAACAUAAAUGACAUUAAGUUAAUAAGAAGCAAUCUCAUAAAAUGGAUUGAGUAAUUCAAAAAAAUAAAAUUCUAAUGAUUUUCCUUAACCAAUACUUCUUAUUUUAAUUAAAAAUACAACUCAUAAAAAUAGAGUCAAAUAAUUAAAAAAAGAAAGACUUAUUAAUAAUUCACUUCUAAAAUCAUUUUCACAUGAAUUAAGAACUCCUUUAAAUAGUUGUUAACAUAUGCUUAAUAUAAUUAAAGAAAUUACAAAAGAUGAAAUUACACAUCAAUAUUUAAACACUGCAUAAAGCUCAAUUAAAUUAUUAAAUUAUUAAAUUAAUGAUAUUUUAGAUUUUGCUGCCAUAUAAUCAAAAACUUUCUCUUAACAUAUAACUUCAUUUUGUAUAACAGAUCUCAUUUAAGAGAUUCAUGAAUUGUAUGAUUAAUAAGUAAAUUAUAAAAAUAUCGAACUAGAUAUCUAAUAUGAUUAAUCUUUAUAAAAUUAAAUAUUUAUCAAUGAUAAAUAAAGAAUUAUGUAAGUUUUAGUUAAUCUAUUAAAUAAUUCAUGUAAAUUUACUAAGCCUGCUGGAGAAAUUAAUAUAUCAUUUAAACAAAUGAAAUGCAAUUUGAUAUAAGUUAUUGUUAGAGAUGAUGGAAUUGGAAUUUAAUCAAAUAAACUUGAAUAAAUUAGAAAAUCCUUUUGUAAACCUUCAUGUAAAAUAUCUUAUGAUGCUGGUCUUGGAUUUGGUCUAAAAAUAUCUGGUAAAAUAGUCAAAAGAUUAAACUAAAAUAAAACAUAUUUAGAUAUCAAUUCUAGUCUUAAUAAUGGAACCCAAGUUAUUUUUCUAUUUUAAAACUAAGAAUUUAUAAAUUAAGAUUUCUUGAUAUCUCCAUAAUAAAGUAACAUAACUGGAAGAUUUGAAGUUUAAUCUCCAGCUUCGUCUCAUAUUAUUCAAAAAUCAGAAUUAUCAUAAACUUUAAUGAAAGGACUCUAAUAAAAAUUUGAUAUGCCAUUAAAUGAAUCAACCAUACUAAAAGAGCAUAUAGAUAGUCCCAAAAUAAAUGAAGAUUUAUCCAACUCAGUUGUUAUUCCAACUAGUACUUAUAGAUUCAAAAAAUAUUUGAUUCAAUAAUCAAAAAAAUAAGGUUCACUUUUAUCAUUUUAAAUUAAUACAAAUAAAUGUGAAAAUUGUUCAUAAAUCUUAAUAGUAGAUGAUAUUCCAUUUAAUUAAAUUGCUUUCAUUCAAAUGCUAAAUCAUUUCAAAAUAAAGGCUGAAUCUGCUUUUGAUGGAUACUAAGCAGUUGAGAUGGUAAAAUAGAAAUUAAUAAGUCAUUGUAAAUUUUUUAGAUUAAUAUUUAUGGAUAUUGAAAUGCCUGGUUUAAAUGGUUUCAAAACAACCUAAAUUGUAAAACUACGUUUAUAAAUAGAUCUCAUAAAUUCCAGGUGUCUAAUCUAUAAUCGUUAUGUGUUCUGCAUAUGAUACUCUUGAAAAUUAUAAUUUUGCCUAAUAAGUAGGUAUAACUGAAUUCUUAUCAAAACCUGUAAAUAAAAAAGAGUUAGAUAAAAUCUUAAAAAAGUAUUUAUUCAAAAUAUGA